AUAUUGUAGUACUCUUAUUUGUUAUGAAUUCGGAAAGUAGAUUUUCUUACAAUUAUUUGUUCAAUACUCCACAAAUUAAAUCUCAGUUACGUAUUAUAAUAUUUCUUCCAGUUACAUUCCGUGUCUUUUGAUACAGAUAAUAAUACGUUCCAUGUUCAACGACAAACGAGACUAUGAAUCAUAGAAAACGUUUCUCGGGCAAAAAAUAUCGUUAUGCUUGCUAGUGCGCUGGGUAGCAUAAAGUAUUCGUAAAUCACUCUGGCAUUCCUCCUUGAAUAGUAUUGUCUAUUUACAUCCAUCGCCUCUCUUUCCACUGCAGUGUACCGCCGAAGUAUGCAAAAAACCUAUUCGCCUCGCCUCGUUGCUACUGCUGCUUUUGCUACCGUUGCCGAUGCCGAUGCUGAUGCUACCAGCUACUAACACCAAUACUUGGACUGUUGCGAGACAAAACGACGACACGUGCAACCGCGUUGAAUCAUCGAUCAAUACAGGAAUGUACAAUAAUUCAUGGAGGACGAACGGUGCCCAUUUACCCAGCUACGAACAACCGCCCAACACGAAACUGUUGUCGCUUCAACUUGUCUUCGAUACAAUUCACCUCACCCUUCAACGUUCCCAGUGCUCAACCUUAUCUUAGAUCUCAUCGAGUGGUUAAUCGUGGAGCAAUUAGGAAUAACCCACGGAAUGUCGACGAAAAGAUCAGCGAAUUGAAAUGCGAAGAGGUCCUGGUCAUCCCCACGACAAAUCGUGUAUAAUGCACCAUUCGGGAUUUGAGCGAAGUGGCUGAAGUAGUACGAAGGGGAUGGCGUCGAAACGCGACACGGCACUUGUUGCCGGGCCAGCCUCGUCGGAGGGUUGUGGCCGUUGUGCACGUGCAGUGGCAUCAUAGAGCUAGUCAGUAACCAGCUAGCUACAGUACUACGUAUAUUACACUACAUAAUUGUCGCGUGUUGUGACUUGUGUCUGACCCACCUGGCCGUGAUAUAUCACUUCUCUCCUGUGGCUGUUUGCCGACGAAUGAGGUAGAAAAACACGGCCAACUGCAUUCCUCCAGCAUCACCUCAGAACUCUCUGCUACACAGUCCGUCCACAGUCCGUCUCCGCCGUACACGCUGCACUACUCUCUACACUCAAUCAUGAAUCUUAUGUUCCGGAAGAACUUUGCGGUGGACAAGGGAGCCGGUGCUGGUGAACGUGGGAACAGUGGUGUCGGCGGGGUGGUUGCCGGAUGCGGAGGAACCACCGGUUAUCGACCCCCAGGGAUCCGAGGUCGGACCGGCGUUGGUCGCGAUGCGGUGCGAAGAAGUCGAGAGUUUGGAUAUUAUCCGAUGGAAGAACACCCCGCGCACUCGUACAGGACCCAUUUGUUUCUAUCGCCCCCAGCCGUCGGCAGUGCUACAGAAGAUUCUGGUAUUCAAAUAGGCUCGUCGAAUCGUCGGAAUUCCGGACCCAUCAUUAAAUGGGGUGCCGGUGGAGUCGGAGGUGGAGGCGUUGGAGGUGUUGGUGGCGGUGGAGGAGGACCUGGGAAUGCGAAACGAAAACAGAACGGGAACCAGCAGCAAGAUCCUUCGGAGCCACCUACGCCCGCGGCCUCCAGGCAGGUGUCGUUUAGCGCUGGAAACACCGCAGGUGCUACCGGAACUUACACGCCGCUUGUGGUGUCCGCAAACAGUCAGCUAACGGCAGGGGAACCGAGGACCCUUGCGACCUUGGACAGGGACUGUUUUAUCAUCCCUCUAGCCUCUUUGGACCAUUUUCUUCCUGCGGGCGUACCGCUAGCGCCGAUUGUCGACCGGAAAAAGACCGGCAGCCCGUUGUCCGUCCUCGAAGUUGAAGAUCCGAAACAGUGUAUCCUCGCUCACCUCAUGACGCCCCUUGAGCCCCUUGAUCCUUUAAUGGAAUCGCCCCUUGCUUGCCCUCUCGUCCUGCAGCGGGACACUGCUGCAGAACUUCUAGCUGAACUCGCGCCAACGGCAGCUCAGAGUAUACUUCUUGUUAAUAUGGAGAGAAACGCCGAGUUUCCCUUCAUCUCAUACUACUUUAUAAACAAACUGACGAGAAAUCCGGGUGAAUUUCACCACGAGGCUCAGUGCCGUGCUCUCCAGAAGUUCGACCCGCGGGAGAUCAAAUACGCAGCCAGUCACACCUUGGAUGUGUUCAACGAAGUCGCCACGAUAGCUCGGCCUCCGCUUGAGCCACCUGGAGGCCGACCGCCGCUCGCUACGACUGGCUACAUCAUUUCUGUCUUCAAAGUUUUCGAAGGUGACGAUGGCCUCAAGUUCGAACGCAAUUGGCUUUAUUGGACGGGAGCACGAAUGAUAUACAGAUAUCUGCCAAAAUCUGUCGGACUGCGGCGCAUCACGCUCCACAAGUCGAUGUCACCUGGCGACAAGAUGUAUCUUUUGAUAUGUGAAUGCGCACAGCUGCAAGACAACCUUUCUGCUGCUGCAAUUUUACUGCCUGCACUCCGCGCCCGUCUCUGUGGAUACACGGGACUUUACAGGCCAUCGGUGUGCUUCUGACUCUGUUUUGAGAAACUUUCUUUACGCCUAUUUGAAGACAACGAGUCGCCGCACCUCGCAUCUAUACUCGUCGUUUUGGACCUGCAGGUUUUUAUCGGUGGUAACUAAUCAAUCAACGCGGUAUAUAGAAGCACUAAGGCUGUGAGAUCGAUGUCCGUCAAUUACCGAUUUUAUUGAGUUUCCUAUAAGCGAGUUAACUAGUCAACGUGAUUGAUUUAAUGCAAAACAUGAUUAAUUGAGAGAACGGUUGAGCCUAACUGUUCGAUCUAUUUCAAUUUUCGUGGUUUGGUAAGUUUGAUUCAUUGAUUAGUGAAGGGUUAUUCUAUACAGCUGCACUUGUCAGGACGAGUAAAUAAAUCGUUUCAUCAAUCUCAAACGUUUAAAACUGUUAGACAUCGGUGGCCACGAAAAUUUAUUGAUAUCUCUAGAAGUCUAUAGUAUUUAAAUGAAAUUCGUAACAUAUCUUAACGAGAUUAAGCGGAUUCACAAAAGAUUUUGAAAUCUUUCGAAUUUUCAAGUUGAAGAGAUGUGAAGAAUUUUAGAGAACGGCCAAUCCGGGAAAUCAAUAGCACACUUGGUAAAACCUUGCAUAUUAUGACAAUUUAUAGCAAAAUUAUCGCCGUAAGAAAUGAGCGAUACACAGAAAUAUGAUUAUAGGAAUACGUAGUAUUAAAUAUCAGAGUUCAGCGUUGUUGUCGGACGAAAAAAAUAUUCUAAUAGCCCGAAAAUCUUAUGAAUGUGCCAGUUUCCGUAAUUAUGGCAACUGACAUGAAAAAGCAAUAAAACAGCCCCCACCUAGAUCGGUAAGGGCACGUCAACACCGAAUGUAGGAAUUUAGUCAUUAUUGACGAUCUUUAUGACCAAUUAUUAACCAUAUCUAAUAGGCUAUAAAAUAUGCUUUUUCUAUACGCGAUGCGGUCUAUCAUAUUAGGUAUAUUGUACGGGAAGAGAAUUUUUUAAACAUUUUUUCUUAGUACAUAAACGACUACUUACAAUUCGCACGCAUGCAUAGACUAUGAGUAUGUUACAUAUUAUCAAACACAUAAAGAAAAAAUUUGAGCCAGCCACAGACAAUAUUGCUUAGAGAUAAUCGACGCAGGAAAGACUCGUCCUUGUAAGUCUAGAAUUUACGCCCUAAUCAUUGAUUAGACAAAGAAUAGACGAAUUUACGUAGAAUCAAACGUUACAGUUAGUUUUCACUCCUUACGCCAGUCGGAAUGCUCAUAUUUAAAUUAUUUAGCAGUUGCUAUCCAACAUCAGUAGACGAUAGAGACAGAGACGAUAAAUUUAGACGAUAAUAAUAAUAAUAUUGAAAACGCAAGGCGUCCCGAAAUCUAUAUUGUUAAAUAUUGAUAAAUACAUACAAUAAUAUACAUAUGCGCUACUAUAUGUAGAGUAAAGACAUAUCUUACGAUUAAUAAGGCUGUGAUAUUUAAAGAGCGUAUUAAGUUUGUUUUUUCGUUAUUGCGAAUUUCAUUCGUACGAUAAUAGCUUUAUAAGUAUUUUGGAUGCCUUUGCAGUUUGAAUAACCUCCCUAACGAAAAAUUAUUAUAUCUAUGCAUGACUCGCCUUCUAAAAACCGCAAGCCUCGAUACGGGACAAUAACUAUUAUCCCAUUAUAAUAAUAAUAGUAAUAUACCUAGAUAAAAUUACGUUAAACUUUAGCCGAGACGGUCUCUCUUUCGAAAUAAUACUUCGUUACAUAGUCGUCAGAUAUGUUACUACACACUGUACGUAACAUUGUGCAUACAUAUCGACGAUAGUCUACAUUGCAGACUUAGGCUUUAACGACAAAAUCUUAACAAUCACUCGUAUUCUUAUUACAUAUUAUGUGAAGAUAAAAUUAUACGAUAGAAAAUUAAUAAUGAUCAGCAAUUGUACUGAUUAGUUUCGAUACUCACAAUUUCGUAGGGAAAUUAGGAAAACUAGGGAAAACGUAUGUUUCAGUUUCAAUCACGAUUUAAAUCUGUAAAAUACCAGAUUCUGGUUGAUCAGUAGCCUUGCGAUAUAUUACCUUAAAACUCGAUCAAACCUAUUCGAAUGUAGUAGGUAUAAAUUUUAAAUGAAGGAUUUUGCAUCAAACUAGUAAGUCCGGACUUAAUAAUACGUAGCUAAGCAAAUAACCGUUUAAUCGAAGCGGUCAAGAUAUAUCAGAGAUGGCUAAAUUGUUGGAGGUUGAAAAAAUAACAGCAACAGAAUAUUAAUACAUAUCUGAUCAGCGUUCCUGGAAAUUCGUUGUUUAUUUAGGUUUCCCCUUUUCUGAAUGCCUGGAAAGGCAUGUUUUUCGUCAUACGCAAUCAAUUUCUCGUACUACGCACAAUGAUAAUGAUGUCUGCUUUUGAUACUCAAGUUUAAUUUUAUCACCCUGGAAAAAAACGGACGUUCACGAUAUACGUACCUUGUAUAAUGCCCAAAAGUGUAUAAAGAUAAUAUCGCGGUUAAGGAAGAUAUAAUAAAUACAUCAUAAACGAACCAACCGACCUUUUUCGACUCGUUUAUAAAACGAAUAUAUGCAUUGUAUGAAUAUAUAAUAUCGUAUGUGCAGUCUUUCAUAAAUUUUUACCGAAGUCUAAUUUCAAUCAAGUUGUAAUAAAAAGCUUAUGAGACAAAUCGAAAUGUUUUGUGAUGCAACAUGCACAUAAUACCUCUUCAUCUAAUCAACGCUCAAUAAAUCGAAAUACAAAUAAAAUAAAGAAUACCGUCGCUCAAUUGGCAAAAUUGGCGAAUCGGCGAACAGUUUUAAUCAUGAUAAUAUUAAUUUUACACAUACGGAUUAUGCUCGAAUAAUGACGACGAUACUCUUACCCCAGGUCUAAUGAUUAUAUUUCUUCUGUUCUCACAUUUCUCUCUACCUAUCUUACUUAUUACGUACGACAAUAUCGCGCCAUGAUCAACGCUCGUUUUUUUUUCACUCGUUUCCAAGCCAUUGACCAGCUUAUUUUCGAGGCUUCAUAAAUUCGACGAUAUUUUUCUGCAUUCUAUUUAUAUCCCAUAACGAGGUGAUCAGAGAACGUAAAGUAAAUCGUGAGGAUAAAGAAAAUAAUUGUAAUAAUAAUACAUUAGCACGUUUGUCUGACGUUCCACGAUAAA